AUGGCCCUGACAGGAUCAGUCUCCCGAAAGAUCGCUGGAGAAAUGGUGGCCAUUGACGACCGCAGGAAUGGGUGGAGAUAUCUUGUUCUCCCAAUCGCUCAGGAAGACGAAUUAGUCAAUGACGCUGUCCUGUCCGCAGCCGCCUUCCAUUUUUCCGUAAACGUCAAUGCUCAAUUUCUCGACCCGGGGGCGGUAUAUCAAAGCGCAAUCCGAAAACUACGAUUGAGGCAAGAUAUGACUUGCUACAAUGUAGUCGAACAACAGAAGAUCCUGCUCUCACUCUUGGUACUACUGGUGGCAGCAGUAGUGAGUGGAUCAUCGGAUUUUCGAACAAUUUUUGGGCUUCUCGAAGGAGCGUUAUAUGCACUGGGUGGAGAAGACCGUAUUUCGCACGGUGAACUUGGAAGGUUUGUAGUGUGGCAGAUACGCAAAUACAGGGGAUGGGUUUCGCCUCAUUUGAGCCUAGAACACGGAGUCAAAAGACUACACCAGUCUGUCACCAAGCCUUACAAGAGUGACGGAUGGGAGGAUAUCAGCCAAGGCUGUCUCUUGUACCCCAAGUUUGAGAGCUCUUGGUCGCUUAUCUACAAGUUGAACGAACAGGCCUGCAACAUAUACGUGAUGCGGGCGCUUGCGGAGCCAGGAACUCCUCCAUAUACGGAUCUAGUAGAUCGAUUCAUCAAUACGCUGGAACUGCUCCCCCCGGACUCGCCUGGAAUGUAUCUCGUCCCCUUCACCAUAUUCUUGGCGGCUGCCGAGUCCUCCGAAGUGACACAGCAUGAGCUUUUUGAGAACGUUCUUUUGGAACACUCCAAGCGGACUGGAUUUGCUAACCUGCCCCUGGCGCUUAGGUUCCUGAGGGAAAUCUGGUCAGGCUCGCGAUAUCUAGCUUGGACGGAAGCAUUUACCAAGCUCCCGGUCUUCGUUGUCUAG